UGAGUUCAGCUCAGUCAGAGCCAACAUGAAGACAGCCACAGUCUUUGUUCUGGUAGCUUUGAUUUCCAUGAAGAUGAAUAUUGCCUGGGCUCUGUCUGAUUCCAAAACAUUAGAAAAACCUGGAGAUUGUCCUAAGCUGCCCCCAGACAGUUUUGGAACUUGUGAUGAACGAUGCUCGGGAGAUGAAUCAUGCUCUGGCAAAAUGAAGUGCUGCAGCAACGGCUGUGGUCACGACUGCAAACCUCCUGUCUUCUAAAUCGCUUACAGCCAUGUGGCAGAUGGAUCUUUAUAAGCAUGACUGAUGGCCAGCCCCAGAAGAUUUCUUCUGAAUCUACAGACCCCAUGCUUGGCUCCUCCCUAAACCUAGAAUCAUAUCCUUGGAAGAGGAAGAUCUAUACUGUGGUGACAGCUUCCUAAUGUGUUUGUGUCUAAAAUAAACUAUCCUUAGCAUUA